CGACCAGCAGCAUAACCUCCAGGCUCCAAGGCGGGUCAAUCAGGCACCAUGUUGUCGGUAGCCAGGCAUUCAGCUCUGCGCACUUUACGUGCUCAGACGUGCUCCAAGUCCCUCUUCGCCCAGACUCAAUCCUCUUCACUCGCGCGACUCUUAUCCACCCUUGCCAUUCUCGAGCAGAAGGAUGGGAAAAUCAACACUGGCUCGCUAGGUGCUGUCACGGCGGGUCAGAAACUUGGGGGCCCCAUACAUGGUUUCGUCGCCGGAAAAGCGGGCAAGUCUCUGGCACAAGCAGCGGCCAAGAUCCAAGGACUGGAGAAGGUGAUUGCGGUCGAGAACGAGGCAUAUGAGCGAGGGCUGCCAGAGAACUGGGCGCCUCUACUGGUAGAAAAUAUCAAGAAGGGAGGGUAUACACAUGUGAUCGUAUCACACUCGGCGUUUGGAAAGAGUCUGCUACCCAGAGUCGCUGCGCUGCUGGAUGUUCAGCAAUUAUCGGAUGUCAUGUCUAUCGAGAGCGAAGAUACUUUCGUCCGACCCAUAUACGCGGGCAAUGCGAUCCUGACCGUGCAGAGCAGCGACCCUGUUAAACUACUAACCGUACGGCAAACAUCAUUCCCACCAGCAGAAACCGAGGGCGGCUCAGCAUCAGUAGAGGAGGGCGUCGAUCCCAAGGUUGAGUCUCCUACAGAAUGGGUCUCGGAGAACCUGGCAAAGUCCGACCGGCCUGAACUUGCAUCGGCCUCGAAAGUUGUGUCUGGUGGACGAGGCCUGAAGUCCAAGGAAGAGUUUGAUCGUCUCAUCCCACCUUUGGCCGACGCUCUCGGCGCGGCUAUUGGUGCUUCGAGAGCGGCUGUGGACAGUGGGUUUGCGGACAACAGUUUGCAGGUCGGGCAGACGGGCAAGAACGUCGCUCCUCAACUUUAUCUCUGCGCCGGUAUUUCGGGUGCGAUCCAGCAUCUUGCGGGUAUGAAGGAUAGCAAGGUUAUCGCCUGUAUCAACAAGGAUCCUGAUGCGCCCAUCUUCCAGGUCGCCGACGUCGGCCUGGUGGGCGAUCUGUUCGAGAAGGUACCCGAGUUAACUGAGAAGCUCAAGUCGCAGUCUUAAGAGGGCGGCGAGCUUGUUGUAUAUCUGAGCUAUCCGGUUUUCGAAGGGAAGCAUGAACUUGACAUCAGCCAUGAAAGGGCCAUUGCGAUGCAGAAGGGGCGCAAUUAAUCCAGCGAUGUAACGAGACGACAGGAAGAAAAAGGAUGCGAAAGGCUCUCCGAAUGGAGCAUAAGAGCUUGUCGAGUCCUGUGGUAUGUUAUGUACCUCCCAUAUAUACAAAUAUAAUGCUCCCAAUUGCACUUUGACGCUA